ACCUUCUCACUCGAAAAACCACGAUCAAAACUCAAAGAGUUUUUGGAAUGGAGCAGGUACACCUUCUCCUCUCCGCCACGACCGCCCACCUCUCCUCCCUCCAAUCAUCCACCAUCAUCGCCAUCGCCGCUUCCAUAGUCGCCUUCCUCCUACUUCCGAUCAUCUUCCGCCGCUCGAACUGGCGGAAUGCCCCGCCGGGCCCCACCGGGUGGCCCGUGAUAGGCUACCUGCCGUACCUGACGGAUCGGCUGCACGAGGACCUCCACAAGUUCUCCUUCACCUACGGCCCGAUCUUCAGUCUCCGGAUGGGCCAGAAGCCGGCGAUCGUCGUAUCUUCGCCGGACAUCACAAGGGAGAUCCUCAAGCACAAGGACCUUACCUUCUCUAGCCGCACGAUCACCGAGGCCGUGCGAUGCGUGACGUACGAUGCCACGUCACUUGUCUUCGUGCCGUAUGGCGCCAGGUGGAGGCUGCUCCGGAAGAUCCUGACAACCGAGCUGUUCUCAUCCCGGUCCAUCGAACUAUUGCAGCCCGCUCGCAAACAUCAGGUCCGUGUACUACUUAAGAAUUUGUACACUGCAUGGGAAUCGAUGACGCCAAUCAACAUCGCAGAUUCGACGUUUGUGGUUUCGGCGAACCUGGUGAGCAAUCUGGUAUGCUCGAAGAACCUAUUCGACAACACGAAGAAGGAAGGAAGGGAGCUGAAGGAGAUGGUGUGGGAGAUACUGGAGGUUGUCGGGGCGCCGAACCUGGCGGACCUCAUACCGUCAUUGAAGGUUUUGGACCCACAGGGGCUGAAGAGGAGGGUGUGGAAGGUGGUGAAGAGGUUCGAUGACUUCUUCGAGAAGCUGAUCGACGAGCGGUUGGAGGAGAGGAAGAAGGGAGUGAAGAUCAAUGAGAACGGGAGGAUGGAUAUGCUGGAUGUGUUCAUGGAUUACCGAAGUGACAAGAAGGACGAUGAGCUUAAGGAAUUCUCGAGGGUCGAUAUCAAAGGAAUGUUAUCGGACAUGUUCGUCGCCGGCACCGACACUUCUUCAAGCACGGUUGAAUGGGGGAUGACUGAAAUUCUUCGAAAGCCCACUGUCUACAAGAAAAUACUAGCGGAGCUCGACGAAGUGGUUGGAAGGAACCGCUUCGUUGAGGAGGCCGACAUCCCGAAGCUCACUUACUUCCAAGCAGUGGUGAAAGAAGUCUUCCGGCUCCACCCAGGGGUCCCGCUCCUUAUCCCACGCCGAACUGGCGAGGCAUGCGAGGUGUGUGGCUACAACGUGCCCAAGCACACCAUAGUGUUCGUGAACGUGUGGGGCAUGGCUAGGGACCCCAAGGUGUGGCCUGACCCUCAUGAGUUCAAUCCAGAGAGGUUCGUCGGGAGGGAGAUUGAUGUGAAGGGCCAGGACUUCGAACUCCUGCCCUUCGGGACAGGCAGGAGGUCCUGUGUCGGAAUGCCGCUCGGCCAUCGCAUGGUGCAUUACUCUCUAGCGUCGCUAAUGCAUUCAUUUGAGUGGAACUUUUCAGCUGAUAUCUUGGAGGACAUGUCGGAGAAGGUGGGGAUCACACUUCAAAAGGCCAAGACAUUGGUCGGGAUCCCGAAACCGCGCUUGUCGGAGUCGGUCUACCGGCAAAAGGAGUAAACAUGUGUGGAGUUGUAUUUUACAAGUGUGUUUGGUUGCACCAAAUUUUAUGAUAUUUCAUGAUUAAUCAGUCUAAUUUGGUGCAGCCAAACACACCCAAAAGCUAGCAAAUGUGUUUUGUAGUUAGACCGGUGCAGCCAAACACACACAAAAGCUAGCAAAUGUGUUUUGUAGUAUGCUUUGUGUGGAAUUAGUGUAUUUAGGAUUUUUCCUUUUGGUAUGUUAUAAGCUGUGGAUUAGAUUUUUAUAAGCAACAAUGAUGAAAAUGUAAUGGGUUUUUGUAA